UAUUAGAAACAGUCACACAGAGACAGGGUGUAAGUUCCAGGAGUUGGUGUGGAUCCGAAAGGCUGAACUCAGAAUGAAGACCCUCCUCAUCUUCACCCUCUUCCUGAUUUCAGUAGGUGGAGAAGACUCUAUAGACGUGACGGGAUAUUCAGGAGGAGGAGUCCUCAUCAAGUGUGAAUACGACAGAGGAUACACAUCAAACCAGAAAUAUCUCUGUACGGGUUCAUGGCCCUGCAUGACAAAGCCAAUUUGGACAGACGCUAAAAAUAAGUGGAUAAACAGUGGAAGAUUCUCACUGUUUGACGACACCAGUGCUGCACAGUUCUGGGUGAUGAUCAGGGAGCUCACUGUAGAGGAUUCUGGAAUGUACAAGUGUGGAGUUGAAAUAAAUUUUGGCAUUGACGUCUACACACCAGUGGAACUGAAGGUAGAGGAAGAUCAAGACUAUAAGAAGAGCGUAGGUGUGACUGGCCAUGUAGGAGGAAGUGUCAACAUCAGCUGCAAAUACUCACAAUCCCACAGCAGUGACCCCAAGUUCCUCUGUAGGAGAGUGGGCACUGCUGGCUGUACUUAUAAAACAUCAGUUAAAGAGAGCAGAAAAUGGAUAAAUGAGGAAAAACUCUCUCUGCAUGAUAACAGAGCAAGGCAGAUCUUCACUGUGAGCUUCAACAGUCUGACUGAGGGAGACUCUGGUGAAUACUGGUGUGGAGCUGAAUCAGACUGGACAUCUGACCAUGGAUACAAGGUCUAUAUCACCCAGAUCAACCUCAGAGUUACAGCUUCAUUACCAGAAAAGGAAACAAUAUUAUCACCUCCAUCACCACCAAGCCGGAAUCCACAGAGCACAAAAUCAAACACAUCUUCAUCUAAACCUUCUGGAAAGUCCUCAUCGGAGACAAUUGCACCAAAAGGGCUUCCGUCUUCCUCUGUGAUCGUUGUUGUGUCUGUGAUUCUGCUGCUGCUUCUGAUUGGACUGUUAUUCUUCAUAGUCAUUCUUAGAAAGAGAAGCAAGACUCAAGAUCCAGCCUCAACCCAAAGCCAGCCCCUCAGAGAUUUCUCAAACAACCAUAAGGUUCCCACUGCUGACUAUGACCAGAUCAAAGACACCAGAAACUGUUCUGAUGUUGGAGUUUCCACAGUCUACACUACUGCUGAUUUACCUACAAACGUCUCAGAACCUUCUCAGACUGUUUAUGAUAAUGUCCAGUUAUCCACAAACCCCUCAGAACCUUCGCAUGCUGUUUAUGAUAAUGUCCAGUUCAUUUCACACUGUGAUUUUUCAAAUUCUGUUUAUUCUCCUGCUCAGUCACCACCAAACUCUCCUGAUCAGGUCAUCUACUCCACACCUGAGUUAGCCACACUUCUCCUUGAUUCAAGUAAUGUCACUCAGCCUUCAGCCGAAAAAUCGGCUGAAGGUCCAACAUAUGCAAAAGUGAAUUUCAGCCAGAAAGCAAAUAGUUCUACUGAUGCUGUUACCACGGCAACCAUCAACAACUCCUGUAACUACGCUAUAGUCAAGUAUUAAAGGAAGUAGCUAGAUUAGCAUGCUACACUUUUAUUCUCAUCUAUUUCCAUUAAUAGCAGAUUUUGUUUAAUGUUCCCUUUUAGGCAAAGAAUACGUUAUUCUGGAAACCCGGUAUUGCUUUAAUUUGUAUUGAUUUAUAUGGUAGGUGAUAACUAACUUAACUCAGUUGAUGCUUCCCUCAUGCAGCAAGCAAUGGCUAAUUUCAUAACUAUAUACAAGACACAAACUCUUUGCUUAGCUUGGUACAGCGAUUAAAAUGUUGAUACAUA